GUGUUGGAGUUUGCAGAGCAGCGCUACCAGCAGAAGAUGUCAGUCCCCGACAGCCAGCUAGACGCUAUUGGCUGCCUCCCCAUGGCCAUCCCCUUUGUGCUUCUCUCUGCCACAGCCAAUGAGGACCAAGCUGUGUCUGCAGCGGUAGAGUUUGUCCGGCUCACCCACCCCCACCCCAAGGUGGAGAAAUAUGUGACGCUGUAUGCCCGAGCCCUCCAUGCCACUCUGAAUGGGGCGUGUCUGAAGCAGCAAGCGGAGGCCGCCCUCAAGUCACCCGACCUGGACGCAUGGGACACUUGCAAGCCCUACAUACAGAAAGCAGCCAGGUUUCCAACCUCUUCUGCAGAGGGGCUCAAGGUUCACCAGAGUGCAGUGGAAAUGCUUGGCAUGGCCUGCUACACCCAAGGUGCCCUCAGUAGUAUGUUCUACCUAGCACACGAGUUUCACAGCGACCAUCAUGGAGGGAUCCUGGCAAACACCAAUUGUGGCGGAGAGAACUGCAACAGGGGUUCUGCUUUGGGGGCUCUGCUGGGUGCGAGGGCAGGGUACACGGGUGGAUCUGUACCCCAGGAGUGGAAAGAUGGAUUGAGGAACGCACAGGAACCCAUCCAUGAAAUACUAAAGAUGCUCUGAGACUGCCCCCUAUAGGACUUAAAGCGUGCAUCAGAGCACUGACACGCAUAUCUUACCUCCGUUUGGUUGGUGUAACUCAAAACAACAUCUGUGUACAUAUGUUUGUUGAUUUGGAGCCUUAUAUUGGCCUUGGUAUUCACAUGCUGGUCGUUGUAUGCACAAAAAGGUACCUUACAAUGAAAAAGAUMACUAUGCACAAAUAAUUACCUUGUGUAAYAGUGCUUAUUUUCCCAAUUUUACUCUUAAGGCCUUCCAGGUUUGCCUUGGUUUAUCUCUCUCGACCAUAUGUCAAGUAACUGUUCUCAGCUGUGACUCCAUUAAAUAUAUUUUAGAGAUCAGUUUGAGUUUACGCACUAAAGGCGUCCGCAUACAUAGGUUCGGUUUGCUCCUAGCAGAACUCGGCCAGGCGAAGUGAACGUCUGUGCUCGCAGACUCCCUUAAAAUACCUUCGCUUGAAAAAUUAGAAAGAAGUGGAAAUAUUACUGUUUGUACCUCUUGAGACGCCAUAGUCAAUACACUUCCUCAAAAUAGUCUCAAUUAAUUUAAGAGAAAUCUGUAAAUCAUUUUGCGUUUUUGCUGAYMAGGUCUUAGUUGUGCAAUUUUACAUCUAAGAUUUUUGGUGCAGUAUUUCUUAACAUCUGCAUGAAAACUAGUCGUCUCUCGUUGAAUGACAACAAGCACUUCAUUGAAGAUUCCAUAUUGUUGACCAACUACCGACGAAGGGGCGUAGACUUCGGCUACGGAACUUUGACUAGCCUCAAGAAAAACAUGUGUGAUGAACAGCCGGGGAAAAAACGCU